CAAGUCAUACGUAUUAUUUUGAUAGUUGAUUCUCAUCAGACGAAGCAAAAACUUUAAGUAGUGGAACAUGCACUGAAAUUAUUAUGAAGGCAGGGUACAGACUUUGAAGGGUGACAGCCCAUUUUGCCCGACAUAAAAGGCGUAGCUAUAGACUUACCCGAUGAAUCUUGAAAGCUUGUAAAGAUUUUUUAGUUUUGAUCUUUUUUGCAUGCGACUCAAAUGGAUCAAGGCAAAUGCUUUCCAAAAGAAGAGGGAAAACAAUGUUUGGAAGUUCAAGAAUUGUUGCGUCAACCAUGGAAAUGUUUUGAUAAAUCAUUAAUACAUAAGGAAAAGUUUAAAAUGAUGGAGGAAUAUGGACGCAAACAUCCAGAAAAAGUUACACUGCUCAAUGAAUUCCGUGUAAUCUUCAUGAAGGAGUUUUUGCUUGGCAAGGGAAGUGAUGGAACCCGUGUUUACCUCGCCCUGGGAAAUAAUGGUUAUGGAAAAGCAGUAAAGCGAAUACCCAAAGAUAGCGGCAAUGACUUUGCCAAUCGAGAAAAAGAAAUUUUUAAUGAGUUGAAUGCAAAGCGUUCAAAUUAUGUUGUGAAUUUUUGGGGUUUAAAAGAGAACCUUGACGAAGAGUAUUUGUACAUGAUAUUAGAUUUGUGUGAAGAAUCUUUAGAGAGUUAUGUGAAAUCGUCUUCUUGGCAAGAUCUUCAAAAAGUCGUUCCUAAAGUUCUUAUUCAGAUCUUAAAUGGUCUAGUUCACCUUCACAGCGGUGAGCGUCCUAUUCUUCAUCGGGAUUUAAGACCCUCGAACGUUCUUCGAGAUGUACAAGGAAAUUUUUUAAUCGCUGACUUUGGUAUAAGUCAUAUGUUAUCUGAUGAAACUUCGACAUAUCGGAGCAUACAAAGAGGAGCUAAUAUUGGAUAGCUCCAGAGUCAUAUGACGCAUCAGAUGAAUCAAUUGAUAAAGUUCGUUACAAAAAAGAGUCUGAUGUUAUGAAUGCCGGAAUGGUGGCUUAUUAUGUUGCAACAAAGGGAAAACAUCCUUUUGGACCUGAGGCGUAUAGACUACAAAACAUGUUGGAGGGAAAACCCGUUGGUUUGGAAGAAAUCAAGGAUGUUCAACUUAAAGAUCUUCUUUCAUGGAUGCUACAACGACAACCAGGAAACAGGCCAUCUGCCGAUAAGGCAUUAAAGCACCCUUAUCUACAAUCAGACGAAGAGAAAAUUAACAUGCUGUGUGAUAUGGGGAACCAACUGGAGGUGAAACAUUCACAAGUAUUUUUGAAAGAUGGAUUGGAUAUGGAAGAGAACGAAGAUGUUGCUCAAAAUCAACUUGAUGAUAUGAAUAGGUUUCGUCGUUUUUUGGUGUUGGGAAGUGAAACACCAACCUUCUAUGUUGACGAAAAAACUUUAGGCUUAGAAAAUAAGCGAGUCUUUUCCAAUCUUUUGCAAGCAGGAAGGGGUGUUGAAGUUGUCAAUGAAAUAGAGAAGUAUAGCAUUGAAGGACGAACUGCAAGAAAGCAGGCCAUCGUGUUUUCUCUCGCUGUUUGUGCCCGGAAGGGAGAUCUUGCCACAAAAAGACAAGCAUACAAGGCUUUAACCAAAAUCUGUCAAAUUUCGACUCAUUUGUUUAUGUUUAUUGAGUUCUGCAAGGUGUUGAGUAAGCCUGGCAAAGGUUGGGGUCGUGCCCAAAGGAAUGCAAUAAAACGAUGGUACAAAGAAAAAGAUCCAUGGAAACUGGCCAUGGAUCUCACCAAAUAUCAAAAGGUUAAAGGAUGGUCACAUAGGGAUGUUGCAAGGUUAAUUCAUCUCAAGCCAGAAGAAACUGAUGUUUCUGAUGAGUUGUUUGUUAUAAUGAAAUAUGUUGUUCAUGCCUGGCAGAAGCUUUUUGAAUAUUUCUUUCCUGAAGAUAAGACAACUCCACAUCGUCCAAUUGGAGAGAAUAGCAUUGCAAUGUUGGAGUUUUUUCGGGCAGUUGAAGAAGUAAAAACAUUGCAAAAGGAGGCAAGAAUGGUUGAACUGAUAAAUCAACAUAAUCUUAUUCGAGAACAUAUUCCAACACGUUGGUUUAAUUCCAAAGAGGUAUGGAAUUCUCUAUUAAAGAAAAUGCCAAUGACUGCAAUGAUACGUAACUUGAACAAAAUGACUUCCAUUGGCUUGCUUGCUGAAGGAUCACCUCAAGUUAAAGAUGUUUGUAAUAAACUGCAAAACGAGAAUCUGCUAAGAAUUGCACGUAUCCAUCCGUUUAACAUGUUAUUAGCUUUGACAACAUACAAGUCUGGAAAGGGUGAGAAAGGUUCUCUUGAAUGGCAAGCCAAUGUGGAAAUCGCCAAAGCAUUGGAGAAAGCAUUUUAUUUAUCAUUUAAGAAUGUUGAACCAACAGGUAAAAGUUACAUGCUAGCCAUGGAUGUAAGUGGCUCAAUGCAAUUCAGUAGAUGUAUUGGUGCAAGUACAAUCAAACCUCAUGUGGCUUCUGCUGCAAUGGCUAUGAUGACAGCACGAACAGAAGAACGUCAUGAAUUUGUUGCAUUUAGUCAUGAAAUAGUUCCAAUGGAGAUAUCCAGUAACAUGAAUUUGGAUGAAGUUUUGAAUGUUGCUAACAAUAUUCCAAUGGGUAAUGCAGACUGUACUCAGCCCAUGCUUUAUGCCACCAACAACAAAUUGAAGAUUGAUGUUUUUAUUGUUUACACAGACUCUGAAACAUAUUAUGGUGAUGUUACUCCAAGGGAGGCUCUAAAACAAUAUCGUAAGCAUUCAGGGAUUUAUAAUGCUAAACUCAUUGUGGUUGCCAUGGCAUCAAAUGGUUUCACCAUUGCUGACCCAGAUGAUCCUGGAAUGCUUGAUAUAGCUGGCUUUGACUCUGCUGCACCACAAGUGAUGAAAGAGUUUAUCUUGGGGAAUCUUUAGAAGUUUUUAGUGAACAUCCUUUAGUUUCUGUCUUUUCUCUAUAACGAAUAUCGUCAUUAUGAUAUGACAAAAAUUCA